AUGCACCUCCGCAACGGACGCGUCAUCGGUCCCACACCACAGGAGACUCCUACAAAGUCGGUCAACAAGUUGCUGAGCGGGACACCAGCCCAUCAUCGCCACGCGACUCCGAAACCCACCGUGGCAGAGCGGUCGCAUGGGCAUAAGGAGACGCCCCCGCAGGAGACACCUUUGCCUAACGUCACGCCAGGGGACAGUCCCAUCGUCACCUGGAACCAAUUCCAGUCUGCAAUGAGUGUGAUUAGAACUUUAAUAGGGGGAGCCAGAGCAUCCGGUGCAACGACUCUUAUACUACCUGAAGACGGCAGCACUAUGAAGGCCUUUCUGAAGCGCAUCGAGCGCCAGUACCCCCAAAUGGGAUUGGAACCGCGCGAGUGGGGAGAUGCACUCAUAGACCACCUUGUGGGCCCGGCUCUAACUUUUUGGAUGUAUCUACAGGAAACUAUCGACCUAAGUAACUGGGCAACAGUACGGCGCAGGCUUUUGGAGCGGUUUGACAGAACAAUGUCACAGAGUCAAUUGUUAACGGAGUUAACAAAGGUACGGUGGAAUGGCGACCCGAAGGAAUACACCGACCACUUUGCGGCGGUGGCAGAACGGGGGUUGGGUCUAUCCCCCGACGAAAUCGCGGACUACUAUUGUGCCGGGCUACCGACAGACCUCCAUCUCCUAAUCAACAAUAAGGGUCACGUGAAAUACCAGUCGUGGGAACAAGCGGCAACCGCCGCAGCGCGGAUCUACGAGCCCAAGCAGAGUGUGCUGGAACUCCGAGAAAGGAUCAACCGAGCCAUUAGGGCGGCCGCCAAGCUAAGGGACAUGGGCGCCAGGAAAUUGAAAAUCGUUCUGGGGGAACCCACGCUAACUGCUUUGAGUGUCAGGGCCGCGGACAUCCGGCACGUGCCUGCCCUAGCAAAGGGGAAGGUACCAGACGUCCGGGGGAAAUCUGCAAGAAGUGCGGCGAUGUCGGACACUAUGCUCGGGACUGCCCUACGUAUGAACGAAGUCGGCCCGAGCAGGUGGACAAGGGCAGUAGAGCUCUCACCCGUUCUAGCACUGAGAAGACGGAACGAUCAAACUUGCGGGCCUAGGCGUGGGUGGAGACGAGCGUUCUAG